UUGAAUGUUUUGCAGAAUUUACUGAUGAUGAAACACAAAUCUCUAAAAACUCAUCUGUGAUUGUCUGUCGCACGCCAACAUUUGAGGGAAAACCUGCUGGAGGGAAGUCGACUGUUAGAAGUCGUUGUGAAAAUGCUGCGGUGGAAUCUUCCAGAACUGCUGAUUCUUGCCCCUUUGUGUCACUGGCCCGACUUGCCAAGACUGCUAAUCUGGUGGCUGCAGAUGCAUCAGAGGAAGACAAGAUUAAAGCAAUGAUGUUUCAGUCUAACAUUCAAUAUGAUACUUCACAUUUCACUGAAAAGGCAUUUGGACCUCCACCUGCUAACUACAUUUGCUUCCGCUGUCUAAAGACUGGUCACCACAUUCGGCAGUGCCCCAUGGUGAUGGCCCAGGAUAAAAGUGUUAAAGGUCCAAAGAAGGUAAAGACCAGUAAGGGUAUUCCUCGGAGUUUCUUACUGAAGGUCACAGCAGGAACCAAAGGAGCCAUGUUAACCAGCACUGGAGAAUAUGUGAUACCUGCAAUAAAUGCGGAAGCAUAUGCACAAGAAAAGAAGGAGCGUCCUCCCUUUGUUCCAGAUGAAAAAUCAUCAUCUAAGGAUGAUUCCAAACCAGUUCCUUACAACCUCCUCUGUCCACUGUGCAAUGACCUGGUGACAGAUGCUGUGGUUACACCGUGCUGUGGAAAUGCUUGCUGUGAUGAAUGUAUCCGGAAUGCUUUGUUGGAUUCAGAGGAGCACAUCUGCUUCAUAUGCAAGCAGACAAAUGUUUCACCUGAUGAUCUGAUUGCCAACGAAUUUCUUCGACAGACUGUAGACAACUAUAAGAAUGAAACAGGAUACAUGGAACACACACACCAGCAAGUCCAACAUGCAGCUCUGGAGACACUUCACCCUCUGUCAAUCAGUCUUCCAUACUCAAGACAACAGGACCCACUUGUGGACAGUGUCCCGCCUCCUCAACCACAGGUCCUGCUGCCUUUAACUUCUCCUGAUGCUUCUCACAUAACUGCAGACACUGGUCAAGAUGUUCCAGUAUUGUUAACAGUUGCUAUUUACCAUCAUUCUCCUGAGGACUCCACCAGGCAGGCUGAACCACUGCUAGCAUGUAAAACAGAUCCAGAACCUUGUGUAACAACAGACUCUGAAGAAACAUCAGAGAGUGGAGCACCUGUUUACCAUUUAUCUGUCAUUGGUCAACACCCAGCCACAAGGCCACCUCAUCCAUCAGGUCACCAGUCGAGACUCCAGCACUGUUACAGACACUGGAAGAGGUCGAACAGAAGAAGAGGAGAGUCUCUACCCACCCACCUCCAGACAGCUCUGCCUCAGGCACCAGCUCUUCCAGUCUACCCGCCUCUGUACCAUCCCCCACCACAGUCCUACCCCCCACCAUACCCCCAGCCCCACACCUCCUGCCCCGGCUUCAUUGCUCCACCUACAUUAUGUUAUCAAACAAACACCAUUUAUGCUGCUGGACCACAAGGGUUCCAUCCACCCUGGAUGGCUCCCGGAUCUCAGGCUCCUCGAGUUCAUCUUACACCCUCCUCUCAGGAAGAUUUCUUCAGACAGCAGCAGGACAAAGUUAACACAGAAUUUACUAUCGACUAUCACAAAGAACUCAUGGAGUACAAAAAUAUACAAAAAAGACGAAGGCGGUCUUCUUCCAGAUCACGGUCAAACAGUCACUCUCCUUUAAGCUGUUCUUACACUCACUCCAAAUCCAGAUCGAGAUCCAGGUCUUAUUCCCGCUCCCCACACUCCAGACUCGGUUAUGAAGGAUCUCGAAUAAGAUCCUGCUCCCGGUCUGACGAGUAUCGGUUAUCUGGCUCACCAUUGUCUCCUCCCUCCUAUUAUUGGGAUGGAAGCUGGGAGAGAGCAGAAGGAGCAGGAACCUACAGAUGGAGGCCACAGUCUCGCUCCCCUGGUUCCUACUGGAGCUGCAGCCACAGCGGAUGGAAGCCGCCUCUUCUUGGUCAAGUGCUGUAUAAACCACAAGGACCAAGUGUUGAAAGCGAGGAGCACUCGGAGAGAGAAAGAUUCCAACGAUGGGAAAGGAACACAGACUGGUAUGACAUACACUACAAUGGCUUUGACAAUCAAAACCCUCCUCUACAUCACAAAGAUCGUGACAAGAGUCGAGGCAAGAGGAGAGAUUACUCCUCCCAGGAGAGAGGAAGAAGAGAGAGAGAAGAGAGAGGAGCCCCCCCUCAUCAUCCUCCAUUCCCUUUGUCAUCAGGAAUUAAGUCUCACUCUAAAGCCCAGAAAAUAAGGAAAUUAAAAAAGAGAAAAGCUAGAAUGGAACCAGAACCAGAACUAUCGCAUCCGUCAGCAGACAAAGUGAAUGCUUCUUAUGUUAGGGAUAUAAUCUCUUCCCCUUCCAACUUCUCCAAAUCUCUUUCACAAAGUGCUUUCUCACCCAAGGCUUCAGCAAAGACUCAGUCUGACAAGACUCUGGGGGACAAUGAUAAGAAGUUAAGUGUUAAAGUGAAGACAGUGAGUGUGAAGGUAAAAAAAAGGACAGGAGAAAAAAAAGAAAGAAAAGACUCCUCCUUUUCCUCUCCUGUCAUUAAACCACUGAAGACCAUGAAAGCCAAACCAGAAGAUGCUUUGAGCUCAAUGACCCUCAAACAGAAGAACCUUAAAAGUUCUACAGUUAGGUCUGUUCUGCUUAAGACCUCACCAAUGUCCUCCCACAACCUGCCUCUACAUCAUCCUUCUGUACCUUCUGACAUUCAAGGAAGAAGAGAUCUUCCACCAAGCAGUGGUCUCCUUUCCAACAGCCAUCAACAUGAACUGCCUCUGCAUUAUCAAACUCCCUCUCUCGUGAACAGGUGGAAGAGGAAGGGAGAGGAGGGCGGCUCUUUAUCGAAGCCUCCUGGAAAGUGGAGGAUUAGCGAGCUUGGUGCUGAUGUCUUUUCUCACCAGCUGCUGCUCCACAGACUCCGGCGAUCAUCAGACAGACCAGGUCUUCUUCCUCUUCCAGGAAGCAGUGUCAUGAGCCAGGGAGAUUCGGAUCGAGAAACCAUCAGACCAAUGCCGGACCUGCCAACGCCACCCACCCAAAGGAGGAUAAAGUUGACCAGAAAUGUGGUGAGAAGAGGCACAGAGACACCAGUCUCAGAGAGGGAACCAUCAACUCCUUAGAGGGCUGCAUUCAUCUCAGUAAGAUCAGCUCCUUCCAACUUUUCUGAAGGAGACAGAACCAGUAGAAGAACCAAAAGAGAUGGAAGAAGGGAACCGUCUGCAUCUGCUGACGAGGGAGUCUGUCUUUAGAGACCAGAGCUAUGGAGAGAGACAACAGGUCUGAGCCACAGUGAGAC